UACCGCCUCGGUCAUGCUUUUAAAGAUGCAGAGCUGUCGAGAGUAACCACUUGAUGGCAUUGAUCCCAACGUACGCUUCAGAGAAAUACGCGACCGGAGGCAAAGUAACGUUCUCUGGUUUCUUUGUUCACUUCCAAAAAAAGAGAAUGGACUAUUUCUUGGCAUCCAUUUGAAAGGACCGUACGCAAGCAAGCCAUCCCUUUUAAGGCACAGUAAGGUGAUAUUCAGUGACUUUACUUGCACUUGGAAUCAGCAUUCGAAGAAAAUGAUGACCAGUAGGGAUAAAUGGAGGGUUUACAAGCGGGUAUGUGUUGUGUUCUUUCUGGCUGCGGUGACGUUGACGGUGGUCCAGAGAGGGGCUCCCUUCCAAAUCGAGAGGCAGGGUCGCAUGGAGGCCCCCUCCGAGGGAGGGGAGAACAGGGCCCAGCAGCAGAAUACGGGCCUCUACCCAGGGACCAACACCUUCUGGAAGGCUAGCAAGGGCAAACAAGCCGAGUCUACAGCCACCGCCACUGGCACCACGGAGGAGUCCAGCAUCACCCAGGAGCGAGCUGGCUCCCGGACCUGGGACGUGUCCAGUGCCAACUGCAGUGCCAACCUCAACUUCACCAACCAGGACUGGUUCAGGGGCUUGGAGGAGAACUUUAAGCAGUUCCUUCUGUACCGCCACUGCCGCUUCUUCCCCAUGCUCAUCAACCAUCCGGAGAAGUGCUCCGGGGAGACCUACCUGCUCAUGGUCAUCAAGUCCAUCGCUACGCAGCACGACCGCCGCGAGGUGAUCCGCAAGACGUGGGGCAAGGAGCAGGUUGUUGACGGCAAGAAGGUGAAGACGGUGUUCUUGCUGGGGACGCCGUCCAACGAGGCUGAGAAGGCCAACCAUCAGAAGCUCCUGGAGUACGAGGACUACAUCUACAGAGAUAUACUCCAAUGGGACUUCCAGGACAGCUUCUUCAACCUGACCCUCAAAGAGACCCACUUCCUUAAGUGGUUCUCCACCUACUGUGCCGACGUGCGCUACGUCUUCAAGGGCGACGACGACGUCUUCGUCAGUGUGGAGAACAUCUUCGAGUACCUGGAGGCCAGCGCCCAGGUCAAGAACCUCUUCGUUGGUGACGUGCUCUUCAAGGCCAAGCCCAUUCGCAGGAAGGAGAACAAGUACUACAUCCCACAACCACUUUACAACAAGACCCACUACCCUCCAUACGCCGGAGGCGGUGGGUUCCUCAUGGAUGCACCCCUGGCCAGGAGGCUCUACUGGGCCUCAGACUCUCUGGAGCUGUACCCCAUCGACGAUGUGUUCCUGGGCAUGUGUCUGGAGGUGCUGCAGGUCACACCCAUCAAGCACAAUGCUUUUAAGACAUUUGGUCUGGUCAAGAACAAGGACAGCAAGCUCAACCAAGAACCUUGUUUCUUUAAGAGCAUGAUCGUGGUUCACAAGCUGCUACCAUCAGAGCUCAUACACAUGUGGAACCUGGUGAACAGUAAUCUCAUCUGUUCGCAGAAAGUGGAGAUCUUAUAGCCUUGGUGGGAACUCUUAACUAGGCGAGGGGAGAAGAGUUGGGAUGUGUGUGAGCGGGCCGGGAGGCAGAUGUUUUGACAUCCAAUUCAAGUUCUCCUUUGUUCAUAGUAGGACCCAGACAAUAUUUGAUUUAUUACAUUUCAGCAGACAUUCUUAUUCAGAGCAAUUGGGGUUAAAUGCCUUGCUCACAUCGGCAGAUUUUUCACCUAGUCGGCUUGGGGAGUCAAACCAACAACAUGUUGGUUACUGGCCCAACGCUCUUAACCGCAGAGGCUACUUGCCUCUACUGCAUCACAGUGGACGUAAAUUAUCUGGUGAUGUUUUUUUUAUGUUCUGGUGGCGUUUUUAAAUGUCAGCAGGCACAUUAAGAGAUGCCAAACCAAAGGGGUUUGAGGUGCUGGCAGAUAGUGUUGCAAAGAGGACAGCGAACUGCCCCACGUUGUCAUGCAUCCCGUUGACUGUGUACCGAAAGUCAAACGCCUUGUUCAUUUGGACCAGGCUUCACCUACACUGUAGUAACAUGGACCUUAUAAAAUAGCAAGAAACAAAGUGUCUCUCUACCUCACUAAUGUAGUUAACAUUCUCUUUUCUCGUUUAGGUAGUCAUUUGAAUAUAAUUUUGGUCAAGACAAAAUGUCUUGUAAGCGUGUUUAACCACGUCAAUAGUCAAAUAAAUAAUAAUGUCAUUUGUUUUUCUUUACAUCAAACCCCGCAGUCCAACGUAGAGAGAGAGAGACCCUUUGUUAUGGGUCACUGCACUUCACUAAGAUUGUUCAGUUUUCAUAAAGAAUUUGGACUGUAUUACUGUAUGUGUCAAUGGAUUUGAAUGUGCUGAUAUACUUGAUAUGAAUUGAGUUGAGGGUUUAUGAGAGGCUCCCGAGUGACGUAGCGGUCUAAGGCACUGUGUCUCAGUGCUAGAGUUGUCACUGCAGACCAUGGUUCGAUCACGGGCUGUAUUGUAACCGGCUAUCGGGAGUCCCAUAGGGUGGCGCGCAAUUGGCCCAGUGUCAUCCUGGUUAGGGGAGGUUUUGGCUGGGGUAGGCUGUCAUUUGUUUUUAUCUGACUUUCCUAGUUAAAUAAAAGGUAAAAUUACAUUGAAACUGUGAAACAAAUAAACUACUGCUGAUACAUAUAUCGCAAUAUGUUAAUUUAAUAGCCCCACAGACAAAGGGGGCAAAAGAGGUUGUUUGAUAUGAAAUUAAUUGCAGGGAAGGUAUUGGAAUUAAUGAAAAUGUGCAAAGAUUAUAGUUCCUCAUGUUUAGAGGGCAGUGAAUAUGUGUGGAUGAUGUAUAUAAAUGUUUUUAAAAAAUCUAAAUAUAUAUAUAUAUAUAUAUAGGUUUAAAAAUCACGUUUGUAAAUAAAUGUUUAAAAAAAAUAA